AUGGGAGUCACCUGGUCGCAGAUUUUCCCGCCCCCUCCUAUUCUGACCGAAGCCAAUCUACCCAGUCAGAAAGGUAAAGUCUUCAUCGUGACUGGAGGCUAUUCGGGAGUUGGUUUUGAACUAUGCAGAAUUCUUUAUCGAGUAGGGGGAACAGUCUAUCUCGCCGGUCGGUCUGAAGAAAAAGCAUUGGAUGCGAUUGCGAAGAUCAAAAGCUUGUGUACCCCGACUUCCCAAGGAGGAAACAUAAUUUUCCUCCCUCUAUCGCUAGACGACCUAAGAACCAUAAAGCCUGCAGUGAAGAGAUUUACCACAGCUGAAUCUCGUCUGGAUGUUUUAUUCAACAACGCUGGUGUCUCUUACCCUCCUCAAGGGACGUCGCCCCAGGGCCACGACAUGGAAUUGGCAACUAAUUGUCUCGGGCCGCAUCUUUUCACUCAGCUUCUUUUGCCGAUACUACGGCACACGGCUAUAAUUACACCUAUCGCCAGUGUACGGGUCAUCUGGACAGCGUCGAUUGUCUUUGAUGCAUUUGCGCUUGAGACUGGGAUAGAGCUUGCAGAACUAUUUCAGAAAGACGCAGACAAAUCACGCAAUUAUCUCAACACCAAAGUGGGAAACUGGUUUUUGGCAGAUGCCCUCGCCAGCCAGAUUGGUGGAGAUGGGGUAUUAAGCCUGGUGCAGAACCCAGGGAAUAUCAGGACAAACAUUAUGCGCCAUAGUCAGGCUCUUGUCCCUUUGAUGCUUGGGCCGUUCCUUUAUACCCCUAGGUUUGGGGCAUAUACUGGAAUCUGGUCGGCUUUUGCGAGUGAUCUGAAAAUUGAUGAUGGGGGAAAGUAUAUCUUGCCCUGGGGGCGUAUGCACCCGUGCCCAAGGGAGGACUUAUUGCAAGCUAUGCAAGGGAAAGAAGAAGGGGGCACUGGGGUUGCAGCGGCGUUUGUACAGUAUUGCGAUAACCAGAUCGCAGCGUUUCUAUAG